GACAACGGCAGAUUUUUUUUAGCAUCGUUGGGAGACAGACGUUUACCUGCUUUGCUGUAGAUGCAGAGGUCUUUUCUUAUUUCGUUUGUUUUGUUUUUGUUUUUUUGUUUAAAUCCCCCCAGCUGGUGUGUGUUUGAUGUUGGCAGACCCCCUGCAGCUGAUUGAGUCCCUCAGGAGGCAGAGGGAGCCGCUGUUUCACUGAGUGAACAACAACAUGGCUCUGCCUCAGCAUCCCCGGCUCCUGCUUCCCUGCCUUCUCCUCCUCUUUACCAGCCGCUUACACGCGCGGUCCUCGCAAAUAUCAGACCUGAAAUCUAAAAUAUCCGGAGUGGAAGAGCUUUUGGAGGAAUUCCGAAAGCAGCUCCAGCAGGACCAGGCUUACAGAGCGGCCGACGUAAGCGACUCCUGCGUGGGCGACUUCAGCGCCGCGGAGGAGCGCAUCAUCCGGACGCAGGCCUCCAUCGAGCAGGGAGCCGCCUUCCUGUUGGCUCCGAAGUCGGUGUUCACCUGGAGGGACUGUCUGCACGCCUGCUGCUCUCUGCCUCACUGCACGGUGGCGGUGGUUCAGGAGGAUCUGAGGCGGCCUGGAGAAAGCCUCAACUGUUACAUGUUUAACUGUACCUAUAGGAAUAAAAACAUCUGCUCCUUCGCAGCGCAGGAAGGCUUCACCACCUACAGCCGGACUGCCAACCAAUCGCAGGGACGCCUGCCUGGUUCUCACAGUGAGGGCACCGGGAGGCCAGGGCACGCUCAGGGGGAGGAAACACAAGAGGUGGACGAGCCUCCUCGCUGCGACGCUGGACAGGACGUAGUGAUCCAGCUGCCCACGGACUGGGCCAUCCUGGACGGCAGGGAUAGCGUGGACGACCACAGGAUCACCGACUAUGAGUGGACUCUCGUUAAAGGCGAUACAGCCAUAAAUAUGAAGGUGACCCAUCCAGGCCUGCUGAAGGUCAGUGGUCUCCAGGAGGGAGUCUAUACAUUCCAGGUGACAGUUACAGACACGGCGGGACAGAAGAGCUCAGACAACGUCUCUGUCACUGUGCUGGCACCAAAACACCAGGCAGAAGUCUGCACCGGUGACUGCUCCAACUACCAGUUCAAAUGUGACGAUGGCUGCUGCAUUGACAUCUCCUACGCCUGCGAUGGGAGACAGCACUGUCCGGACCGCUCUGAUGAGGACUUCUGCACAAACUUUGAUGGUGGCCGGAAGUCAGUGACCCACCCUGCAGAUCGUCCCAUCCCUCAGAGGCCUGUUGCACAGACAGAGCAGGGAGAGGAUACCCCCAUGAUUCCAGAUGGGUCCAGAAGAACAGUUGUAUCAGCAGUGGACAGAAGCAAGAUUGCUUAUCCUCAGAGCCUGGGUGAGCAGGCUUCUGUUGAUCAUGCAGAUCCAUGUGCUGCAGCUCCAGUCGUUGGGCCCUGCAAAGGCACCUUCCCUCGUUGGUACUUCGACCAAAAGGUGGGAGAAUGCAAACACUUUCUGUAUGGGGGUUGCCAGGGUAACUAUAACAACUUCCUCCAGGAGUCUGACUGUGUCGGCGAAUGCUUACAGAAAAGCUCAGCCUUCAUGCCAACAAAUGCAACUCCUUCUGUCACCAAGCAGACUGAGACAGUUGCUGCUACAAUCUCACAAAGCCAAGGAAAUAGUGACUUGAUCUCUAAACCAUUUCCAGUUAAAGGAGGACACCUAGGCCCAGAGUCCGGUGCAAUUCUACCGCUGGUGCUUGGCAUCCUCAUCACCACUCUGCUGCUUCUCAUGAUCGGCUGUCGCCUUAGACUCGUUCGUCAUAAGCUAAAGAAAGCACGGCCCCUCACCACAGAGGAGUCUGAUUACCUCAUCAACGGCAUGUAUCUGUAGCUGAAGAAGCUGGGCAGAGAUGUAAGAGUUUGCAACUUGUCUUACUUUCAGCCCUACAUCUCAAAUCAGAACAUCUGUACGCUAUGCUGCCCUGAAAGCAACACCCGCACACUGAACCCGUCUGACUAACACUGUAAUGCUGCUCCCUUUGGAAUCAUUAAAACGUAUUCAAGCUUCAA